AUGCAUCGCGUCAAAGCCUGGGCACACACAUCUGCCCACAGGCACAAUUUCAACCCGUGGUCUUCGUCACGCGACAACCAAUCCUCAGACUCCGGCAAGAGCCCGGCGCGGGAUGGGGAUCCUGAGAAGAAGGAGAAGCCAGAGGCCUCGGUCCUCGGUCGCGUUGUUGCUAACGUCAAGGUGGCACUGUUUCAUUCUUGGGUGAAUGUCCUCUUGGUCUUUGUGCCAGUAGGUAUCGCCGUUCAUUUUGCCGGAGUCAAUAAUGAGGUGGUCUUCGCUCUGAAUGCUGUCGCCAUCAUUCCCUUGGCCGGCCUCCUCACCUUCGCAACCGAAUGCGUCGCCCACCGGCUUGGGCCAACGUUGGGCGCUCUGAUGAAUGUGAGCUUUGGAAACGCCGUCGAGUUAAUCAUAUUCAUCAUUGCCCUUGUUAAAAACGAGAUCCGCAUUGUCCAAGCAUCCCUAAUCGGCUCGCUCCUCGCCAAUUUGCUGCUCAUCCUGGGAAUGGCCUUCUUGAUUGGUGGCCUAGAAUACCAAGAGCAGAUUUACGACAGCACAGUUACUCAGAUGUCGGCCUGCCUUCUUGCGCUUGCAGUAUUAUCGUUACUGAUACCUACCGCCUUCCACGCAUCUUUUAGCGAUCUCCGGAAAGCUGAUACUGCAGUCUUGAAGCUCAGCCGUGGAACGUCUGUCAUCCUACUGAUUAUUUAUGUCCUCUACUUGCUCUUUCAGCUCAAAUCGCAUGCAUAUCUGUAUCAAGGAACGCCACAACAUAUCAUCGACGAGGAAGCCACACCUGGAAUUCUACAGCGUUUCGACUCUAGCAGCUCCUCCUCCGCCGAUUCCUUGGGGUCUUCUGUCUCGACCGGCGGGUCACAUCGGCGUGUGAGCAAGAGAAUUAGGGCAAAGUUGGGCAGAAGACGACAAGUCAAAACUGAGGUGGAAGAAGAAGCGGACGACAAGGGGUCAUCCGCGCAAAUGAGCCCAGCCGUGGCAGACUUCCAAGCCGAGCAAACAGCGGAGCCGGAGGAGAUAACUGCUCAAGACAGAGUUACCCUGCAGCUGCCCGCAAGCUCUCCAAAGCCGGCCGUAAAACCGGUCAAUAAUUCAGGGCACGGGAUGCCGACAACCCCUGCGGAUGCAGCCUCGAAGGACAGAAAAGGCAUGGGGCCCCGAGGGCUCUCUUUCCGCACUCCCCCAGUCUUCCGAUCAUCGACAAACCCGUACCCUCCGGGCAGAGCAUCAGAUUAUCCCCAGUCCUCACUGCGUCAUUAUUCGUCAGCACCUAAUCAACAAAACCAAGCCCCAGAAGCUGCUAGAAUUAAACGCCGGACAUCCACCAAAAGUACGCAGUCUGAAGAAGAAAAUGCUCCUCCAAUGAGUCAGACUGCCUCAAUUGUCCUCCUCCUGGUGUCCACUGGACUUGUGGCCCUUUGCGCCGAGUUUCUCGUCGGAAGUAUCGACAGCCUGGUUGAAAACUCACCACUCUCGGAGGCAUUCAUUGGCCUCAUCAUUCUACCUAUCGUUGGCAAUGCAGCCGAACACGUCACUGCUGUUACGGUUGCUGCAAAGAACAAGCUUGACCUGGCUCUCGGCGUGGCACUUGGAUCAUCCAUUCAGAUUGCCCUUUUUGUCACGCCAUUUGUCGUCAUCCUUGGCUGGAUCAUGGACAAAGACAUGUCUCUCUACUUCAGCCUGUUCGAGACGGGAUCCUUAUUCGUUUCGACCUUCAUCGUUAAUUUCCUGGUCCUCGACGGACGAAGCAACUAUCUGGAGGGAGCAUUAUUGUGUGCGUGUUAUGUGAUUGUGGCUGUUGGCGCGUAUUUCUUUCCUGAUGGUCAAGAUCAGAGCUCAUUGACGAGUGGGCCGGGAGGUAGCUGA